UUUAGUCUUUAUGUAAGUAUAAUAAAUGGACCAAGUAUUAAAACCUUCGGCUUUUUUAGGAGAAUCAGUUAGACGAUGAAAGCUGGUAGAGUAAAAGUGUUGUGGAUAAAUUUAGUGCCUAAAAAGAUUUCGCUUUCGAAACUAAAGUGACAUACACUUUCUUAAACUGGUGACUGGAAAGUAAAUCAGACGGAAAAUUUCGCAUACUUCAAUCUUUUAAAUUGAAGAUGGAUUUUGAAAGUUAAAAUCUUCCCAGAAAAUGCUGACUGCCCAAUAAUUUUGACGGAUUCUGUACAAUUUUAUGUACAACCGGAAUGUACAAAGUGAAAAGCGCAUAGUACAAUGCUAAAAGUUAUCAUCGUCACCAUCAUCACAUCCCUACUGCUCAUUGCGAAUAACAAUGUAAACUGCCAAACGUUCAUCCGGGAUUGUAACGACCCUCUAAUUCUUCGACAUGAGACAAACGCCCCAGUUCAGCAUUCCUUUUGCUAUCAUUCAUGCGGUUUUGAUUUGAUGACUGCUCCCCAACCAGGACAAGGUGUUUGCACUGCGACUGGCCUCUGUCAGUGUAAUCAUCCUUGCGGUUCCGCUGCACCCACCAAUCAGUUUGGGGAUCAAUGUCCCCCUUUUGUUACGGAUCCCGCGGAUACGGACGUCAACGCUUUACCAAAUUGCAUCGCCGGUUGCACAAAUCUCUGCCCGGGAGGAAUUGGCCGGAUUUGUGGUGAAGUUUACAUGGGACCAAUUUUCGGAAGCUUUAGCUCAUUUGCGAAAAUUUGUACUUGUUACUGUCCUCCACAAGCAUGUGUUGUGCCAACGCCAGCUCCAACGCCGACUAAAGCGAUCGCUCUUGUACCUGUCUUAGUUCCAAAUAUUAAGAAGUUGACACUGAUUAAGAUAAUCCUAAAAUUUUCGAAAUUCUUAAUACUUUUGCUCAAAUUUUGUGCCCUUUAUUGGCUCAAGGUUUUAUUAUUUGGUCUCUAUUUUUGUCUGUCCAACUCGUGCUUCCCGUGAAAGUUGUCUGGUCGGUGGGGUUGGAAAAUGAGGAAGAGUCAACUAAGGCCAGUAUCCUACUAAUCAUGCCUAUUAUUUGUUAAUUAUUAUAAAUGCUUGUUUUAAGGAGUUUUUAUUUAAAAUAAUCAUAUUAGGACAUCUGCCAGUACGUUAUGAUCUGCACUUAUUUUACAGUAAAAUUAUAUAUGAUGAUGACCUGUUAUGCAAGAGUUAUUUAACUAAAUUAAUUAUUUUCAAUAUUUUUCUGAGAUGUUUAUUAACACUUUAUACACAAAAAUCCAUUUUUCUUAGUGAGGCAAAUACCUAACAACGAAAAAAAUUACUAAGUAUGCAUUUGACCCACCCCAAAAAAGUGACCAUCUGCGAUAUCUCAGUCAUUUCUCAACCGAUUUUGAUGAAAUUUUGCACCGAUUAUUGUUGCAUAAUAUAGAAAUGGGAUCUGAUCCGACUAAGCGAUUACGUGAUCUUGACCGGAAUUAUGGGCAAAAAUGUAGCCUUAGAAACACAUUUGUAAUUAUUGCUGGUUACUAGCAAACGUUAUCAACAGUUUGAUACCCACGAAUUGUAGGGCAGUUUAUCCCGAAAAUUUAAAGCAUAAAUAUAUCAAAAUCUGUUAAGAAUUGGCUUAGUUAUUCCAAUUUGAAGUUCAGAAAUUCCUGCUCGUGCUACGAAUCAUUGCCAUUGACAACGACGCAAGACUAAUAAAUUGAAAACAAAUUACAUUCAAAACUG